UAAAGGUCAAUCCCCAUGCGAGAGGUCAACCACGCGGCAGCCAUUUUUGGUCAAGAGUUUGCUAGACGGAAAUUGAAAAACUCAAAAUUAAUUUUUCAGAAAACCGGUGUGCUGGCAAGUUGUCGAACUGCAGCUAUUUUUGAAUCAACGACAAGCUAAUUACGGCCUGUGACACUGCUAAUUAGAGCCGUUGGGUUGCUAAUUAGCACAGACGACACCUCUCUAUCUUUGUUAUCAACUUGGGCUUUGGCCACUACCCUGAACUCACGCUGGCAUACGAUAUGUCUGAAGGGAUGGAGGGAUUGGAAGGCAGAAUGAAACGGCCUCUAGAUGAGGGUGGAGAAGAAGAAGAAGGGAACUGUGGUGCUCCCAAGCGACAGAGGGGGGAGGGACCCAAGGUUGAUCUGCGUGUGCUCAUACAAAGCAAGAAUGCAGGGGCCAUUAUUGGCAAGGGAGGAGUGAAUAUCAAACGUCUUCGAAGUGAUUUCAAAGCCACAGUAACGGUACCAGAUAGCGACGGUCCGGAACGCAUACUCUCCGUCAGCGCAGACCUCGGCACCGUCCUCGAGUGUAUACUUGAUGUCAUUCCCAACUUGGAGGAGUACAAGAAUCACGAUGGCAUGGACUUUGACUGUGAGAUGCGGAUGCUGGUUCAUCAGAGUCAGGCAGGAUGUAUCAUUGGCCGAGCCGGCUUUAAGAUCAAAGAACUUAGAGAGAAAACUGGAGCUAACAUCAAGGUGUAUUCACAGUGCUGUCCACAAUCCACUGAUCGAGUGGUGAUGAUCUCUGGCAAACCCAAAAUUGUCGUUGGUUGUAUUGAGGAAGUCUUUGAAACUCUGCAACAGGCUCCACCUAAAGGCCCAAUCCAGCCAUACGACCCACACAAUUAUGAUGAGUUCUUUGCACAUGAGUAUGGUGGCUUCACAUCUGCCGAAGGUGGCCGAGGCAAGGGAGGCCCACGAGGAGCUCCUCCUCCCCCACCCAGAGGAAACUUCGGAAUGAGGGGUGGAAGAGGCCGAAUGGGGAUGAAUGAUUUUGGUAUGGGUGGAGGGAUGAACAUGGGUUUUGGCCGUGGAGGACGGGGCCGAGGGGGGAUGAUGGGCCGAGGGGGGAUGCGAGGAGGAGGCAUGGGUGGUGGUAUGGGGGGCAUGGGUGGGGGGAUGGACAAUGACAUGAGUGAAAUGGGGGGCAGCUCCUUUGGAAUGGCUUUCGGACAAGGAACAAGUCGAGGCAGCAUGGGAGGACGUGGAGGAAUGAGAGGUUCUCCAAAUGGCAGUAUGGGCAGCAGUGGAGGGAACAUGAACCGUGGAGGUGGCGGUGGCCAGGGAGACUUCUCCUCCCCCAAAUCACUCCUUGCUGAUGUUGAACAAGGGAUGGGCGGAAGCUUCAACCAGGGAGGAGGGAUGCACGACUUCGGGGAUGAUAUGGGAGGCAUGGGGAACCAGGGAAUGAUGUUUGAUGAAAAAACGAACUCCACACAAGUCACCAUUCCAAAAGAUAUGGCUGGUGCAAUCAUUGGCAAAGGCGGCAGUCGUAUCAUGGAUAUACGCCGCCAGUCAAAUGCUCAGAUCGUGAUUGAUGAGGCCCUACCAGGCUCCAACGAUAGAAUCAUCACGAUUACAGGAACCCCUGACCAGAUACAGAACGCUCAGUACUUGCUGCAGAUGAGACUGAGAGGGCAGAUGCAACAAGCAGGGGGUGUGAAGAAGUACUCAGGGAAGUACUAGGAGAUGUACUUGACUUUGGGGGAUCGUCUACUUGGACCAGUCGGCUCUGUCUCAUCUAGAUAGCUCAUGCUGAUGGUGCUUGCACUACCAAGGGGAAAUAACUGUAGGCAGCUUGUCACAUAGCACAUACUGUAGGCAGGACACUGAGCGCAGACUGUGGAGAGCCUCUUCUUACUGCAGUGAGUGGGGAGAUUCCACAACACUUGCCUUUUGUAUAUUUGUAUUCAACUACUGCACUUUUGAUAGGGCAAUAAAAAUAACAGUUGGUUCCUCACUGACCUGUCGUUGGUAACAAGCUUCACAUUCAAAUCUUUUACAAUGAAAUCAUGACAAUUCAUAAGGAAUAAUGUUUUAAGCAUUCAUUGUCACCUGUUAAUGACAAGCCACGCUUCAUGUAUGUGUUCAUUUUUGUUAUGACCUUGAUGAACAAACUUAGUAUGAGAAGUCUGUUCCACGUAGCUCAACAUCUCACAAUAUACAUUCAAGAAAUCUCUUAUUAAAAGUGCAUUUUGGUAAUAAAUACAAGUGACUAUUUUUUUAUCUCCCUCUCAUCUCAUGUUUGUAUCAGAUGUUCUAUGUUUUAUUUCACGAAUUUCAUACUCAUUUUUCACUUGCAACCAUGAAGGUUGUGUUUGUUUUAUUAUUUAACACAAGAUAACAUCAUUGUAAUUAUUUUUAGGUUCUGUUGAUGCAGCAUGUUUGUGUAGGUCGGACAUUGGGGUCCGAGCGGGUCAUUUUAUCAUUGUAUUCUCAUUGUUUUAAAAUGUAAAACAUGUUGAAAUACUAUGUUAUUAUUAUAAUAAACAGUUCAGUUCUA